AUAUUAACUUUAAUGCGGCGGAAAGAGCAUAAAUGAUCGAGCUUUUGCAUUCGUGCCCCCAGACAGGGAGAGACAGACAGACAGCAGAGACAGACAGACAGAGUGGGACGGACUUGGAUGUCAGUCAGCGGCUCCCGAUGCGCCAGUAAAGAUCAAAAAAUCUCACCAACCAGUUAAGAAAAAUGACGAAGAAACUAUGUGGGACCAAUUACCCAACCAGCAUCUGCUUCAUAGUGGUGAAUGAGUUCUGUGAACGCUUCUCCUACUAUGGCAUGAGAGCGGUGCUGACGCUCUACUUCCUCACCUACCUGCACUGGGACAAGGACCUGUCCACCGCCGUCUACCACGCCUUCAGCAGCCUGUGCUACUUCACGCCCAUCCUGGGGGCUCUCAUUGCUGACUCAUGGCUCGGAAAAUUCAAGACCAUCAUCUACCUGUCCAUCAUCUAUGUAAUCGGACAUGUGGUCAAGUCGGUCGGAGCCAUUCCCACCGUGGGGAACAGCGAUGCGCACAUUGCUCUGUCCAUGUUGGGCCUGAUACUCAUAGCCUUCGGCACUGGAGGAAUCAAACCAUGCGUGGCAGCGUUUGGAGGAGACCAGUUCGACGAGGAGAAUAACAAGGAGAGGCAGAAAUUCUUCUCCAUCUUCUACAUGUCGAUCAACGCCGGGAGCCUCUUGUCGACUCUGAUCACACCCAUUCUGAGAAGUGAUGUGCAGUGUUUCGGUGGUGACUGCUACGCUCUGGCCUUCGGGGUUCCUGCAGCUCUUAUGGCGGUGGCUUUAGUUGUGUUCAUUGCUGGCAGCGGCUUGUACAAGAGGAAUCCUCCCCAGGGAAACGUUCUGCUGGAUGUCUGCAGAUGCAUUGGGUUUGCCAUCAGAAACCGCUGGCAGAGACGGAGGUCUGAGUCUCCGAGGAAGCACUGGUUGGACUGGGCCGAGGAGAAGUACUCGAAGCGUCUGAUCCAGGAGAUUAAGAUGGUGCUGCGGGUUUUGGUGCUCUACAUCCCACUGCCAAUGUUCUGGGCUCUGUUUGAUCAGCAGGGUUCCCGCUGGACAAUUCAAGCCGCCAGGAUGAACUUGGCUUUUGGCGAUUCCUUUAGUAUCAAGCCGGACCAAAUGCAGAUGUUGAACGCUCUGCUGAUUCUUCUCUUUGUGCCCAUCUUUGACCUCAUCAUAUAUCCGCUCGUUGGCCUUUGUAGAAUCAACAUCACGCCUCUGAGGAAAAUGGCCACUGGGAUGAUCUUCGCGGCGCUGGCCUUCGGAGCAGCCACAGUGGUGGAGGUGAACGUUGUGAAAACAGUGGUGGAUCCUGCCCCUGCAGGGAACUGUCUCCUGCAGGUCUUCAAUCUGGCAGGAAGUGAUGUCAGUCUGACGUUCCCCGGCAACAACCCCUUUCCAGAACCGAUCAAGUACCUUCGGGACCCUGCUGAAUAUGAGAUGGUUCCCCUGGAGGCGCCCAGCAAGGUGCUGACGAUCGGCGUCACCUUGAAUGGAAAAACCUCGGAGUGUUACCACCUGUUUUACCAAGAGAAGGCCUACAGCCUCAUCUUAUUCUCUGAAACUACUGGAAUCCAGUGCAAGCUUGUGGAAGACUCCAUCAAGAAAAAUGACACUGGAGAUCCUUUCCUGAGGUUCUACAACACACUGCCAGAGAUGAUGGACCUGACUGUUGGAGAUGUGACUUUCCUCAUGCCGUCUGACCACAUGUCUCCUAGCAAAGCGGUGGAACGGGCAGAAUAUUCAGAUCUCAGCUGCAGCCUGCAGUCAGAGAAAUGCUCUAACCUGAAUCUGGGCCUGCUGGACUUCGGCGCCUCCUACACCGUCAUACUCGUGGAGGAAGCGGGUAACAUUGUGGCUCACAAGAUGGAGGAUGUGAAGGCCAACAACGUGCACGUUGCCUGGCAGAUCCCGCAGUACACAAUGAUAACUGCCGGAGAGGUCCUGUUCUCCAUCACGGGCCUGGAGUUCUCCUACUCACAGGCUCCAGCCAACAUGAAGUCAGUCCUGCAGGGCGGCUGGCUGCUCACAGUCGCCUUUGGAAACGUGAUCGUGCUGAUUGUGGCAGAGGGCGCGGGGCUGGAGCAGUGGGUGGAGUUCCUGCUGUUUGCCUGCCUGCUGUUGGGCGUCUGCAUCAUCUUCUCCAUCAUGGCUUGCUUCUACACCUACGUUGACCCUGAUCAACUGGAUAAGAUUUAUAUGAAGGAUUCAGUGGUGGAGGAAGACAACCACGAGGACAUGAAGUCAAAAACUAAUGACAUCCACCUGAAGAAUGCGGGGACGGGCACCAGACUGUAACCGUGCCACAUGGCGUACUCCAUCUUCUUCGCUGUAGCUGAGUUGAUUUGCCUACAAAAGUUGAGUGAGUGGGAUGAAUGAGCACCCUGUUUGAUGAUGAUGUGACUUAGAUGUGAUCACUGGGUGUUUCUAGCGGGUUAGAAGUACAGUAUUGGUUUGUCACAUCAUUUAAUAUAUUCUGUGGAACCUUUUUAACACUCCAAUCACUAUAAAAUGUUUAAGCAGGGAGCAGGAAAGCAUUUUCUGAAUGAGACAUGAACGCAUGAGAUGUUGUUUAAGAGGCUAAAUGCUGAUAUCCCUCACCAUGAUCAAUAGUGUUAUUGCAAAUGAAUGUCAAAUGUUAUAUGCUGUAUGUAUUUUUUGAGUAUUAACUUCAUGUCAAAAUUUUUGAUUUUCUAUUACGCGACUUAAUCCUGAGCCGACACUGCCGUUGACAGAACAUGUUGAAGAAACGCUUCAGUUUACAUUCUGUGCCUAUAGCAACGAUACUAAAGAACCAGAGCUGCUGCAGGUUUUCCAUGUUGUACGCCAUUAAUUUAAAAUUCAGUAGACAAGAUUAGCAUAACUAUUAUUUAAUCAUGUCCUGCAAUGAAGGAAGCAGCUCUUAACAGUCAGUCAGUUAUAUGUUUAAGCUCAGUGAAUUACAGUUAACCUUCAUAGCCUUUAGUUUUUGUCAGUGACCUUAUUAUGGUUUGGUUGCGCAUUUCCAGGCAGAUUUCUAUAAAAACUCAAUCUCUCUCUCUGCGGGCAGGAAACUAAAUUGACAUUUCUUCAUUUGAGAAAGUUUCCUCACCGUUUGUCAUCUGGGUUUCAUUUCCUGAAAAUAAGGCUUGUCAUUGCAAAGUGCCAGAAAUGACCACACCAAAUCAUGAAGGAAAUACGUAUUACCAUGUUUGACAAAAACCAAAGACAUGGGACAGUCCAGGGUGAAGGAUUUUCUCUUUCGCAAGUUUCAAAUGUGCAAAUCGAACUGAGUUACCGGCUAGCAGGUGAAAUAGAUAUAAAACCCUCAAGAAAUAGCCACCAGUAUUGUAAUUUAUAAUGUGAUCUGCAGUUCAUGUGCUAAAACAUGCAAAGCUGACAGUUUGGUCCUUUAAAAUCAUUUUUUAUUCAGGGAAGGUGUGGAUGACGCUGCUCCCUAUAAACUUCUGUAAAUAGACAGCUCUGAUGCUGAAAAAUUUAUAGAAGAUUAAAAUGUGCAUUUUGUCAGUUCUCCAUUUUCGUGACCAAAACUAUUUUUUUCCGCAAUGUGUUAUGCUGAAACUGCAAAAAUCCUCAUGCUCAAACUGCGAAGUGCGUGCAGGACAUCAAAUAUAGAACGCAGAGUUAGAGGAAAGCUUCAGAUUUGCAUUUAUUAUUCUUGUACAUGUCCAUCCUUCCC